AAAAAUAAAAAUUUAUUGAACGCUAAUAUAUUAAUAUUUUCAAUUCUCUACAACUUUUUUUGGUGCUCCCACCAUCUCUCUACUUUUAUCUAUAAAAUCCUCUUACAAUAUCUUGUAGCAACCAUCGCCCUUAUCCUCAUCAAACAAUCUAAUGGAACACUCUUCCAAUAUUCUUGCAACAUUAAUCUUCUUCAUUUGUCUCUCCACAGCUUGCAAUGGUGCGGUUUUUGACCCAUGUUCUUCUCCCGAAUCGGAUCUAUCCGUGAUCCACAUUUACGGUAAAUGCUCACCGUUGGUGUCGCCCAAACCCGCCACUUCAUGGGUUGACACCAUCCUCACCAUGGCCUCCAGCGACCCGAAAAGGGUUUCCUACUUGUCGAGCCUCGUCUCGCCGAAACCCGCCUCCGCCCCUAUCGCCCCGGGCCAGGUUAUAAACACGGGUAACUACGUCGUCCGGGUCAAGAUCGGGACUCCGGGCCAGCUCUUCUUCGUGGUCUUGGACACCAGCAACGACGCUGCAUGGUUCCCAUGCAGCGGUUGCACCGGGUGCUCGUCCACCCUCUUCGCCUCCAACGCGUCCUCCACCUACGCCUCGUUGGACUGCUCCGUACCCGAAUGCACCCAAGUCAGCGGGGUCUCGUGCCCGACGGUCGGGUCGGGUUCGUGCCUCUUUAACCGAUCCUACGGCUCUGGGUCGACCCUCUCGGCCACGCUAUCACGCGACACCCUCACAUUAGGCAAUGACGCCAUUCCCAACUACGCUUUCGGGUGCAUCCACGCGGUCUCGGGCGGGUCGAUCCCGCCCCAAGGGCUAUUGGGUCUGGGCCGCGGAUCAAUGUCUCUGCUCUCGCAAACCGGGUCGGUCUACUCGGGCGUAUUCUCGUACUGCCUGCCCAGCUUCAAGUCGUACUACUUCUCGGGCUCACUCAAGCUCGGACCGGUGGGCCAACCCAAGAACAUCCGGACCACCCCGCUCCUCAAGAACCCGCACCGCCCAUCGUUAUACUACGUGAACCUGACCGGAGUCAGCGUGGGACGGGUCAACGUGGCAAUAGCACCGGAGCUCCUAGCGUUCGACCCGAGCACCGGGGCGGGUACCAUAAUCGAUUCGGGUACGGUGAUAACCCGGUUCGUCCAACCCGUAUACAACAGCAUCCGUGACGAAUUCAGGAAGCAGAUCACGGGGGCGAUAAGCUCGUUGGGGGCGUUCGACACAUGCUUCGCAGCGACAAACGAAGAGAUAGCGCCUGCAGUCACGUUUCAUUUUACGGGACUGGAUUUGAAGCUGCCGAUGGAGAACGUGUUGAUCCACAGUAGCUCGGGGUCGUUGGCGUGCUUGGCGAUGGCUGCGGCGCCAAACAAUGUGAACUCGGUGCUCAAUGUGAUAGCCAAUUUGCAGCAGCAGAAUCUCAGGAUUUUGUUCGACACUGUCAAUUCUCGCCUUGGGAUUGCUCGUGAACUCUGUAAUUAGCCUCUGUUUUCCUUCGGUUUGUUCCAUGUUGCCUCAACUUUGUAUUGAAUUGAAUUUCUAUAUAUUUCUCACCAGAAACAGAGCAGCUGCUGUUUGCCAA